AUGAAAAUCAUGUCAAAUUGGGUGUUUCAAAUUCUUUUGCUUAUGGUUUCCCUCACGGUACAAGCAUCAGGAGGUGCACCACGAUUUGCACAGCCUAACUGCGCUGAAAAGUGUGGGAACGUCACCAUUCCCUUCCCCUUCGGAAUAGGAACAGGGUGUUUUUGGGAUGACUGGUAUGAGAUUGUCUGCCAGCAAAGCCAAACGGUUCCCAUACUAAAUAAGACUGGAUUGAGAGUUCUCGACAUUUUACUCCCCAAUUUCACUUCAGUGUUGUUGUAUGGCAUGAUAAAGGUCAGUCUUCCAGUGAUUAACUCAACAAGCUGCCAGGGCAGUGGAAUUAUUCAGCCGUUAAACUUGGAAGGAAGUAAAUUUUUCUUCUCCCAGACAUGGAACGUCUUUGUAUCGGUCGGUUGUAACACCGAGGCAACAGUGACUAAAUCAGAUGGUAAAGUCUUUAGAUCGACCGGUUGCAGGUCGACAUGUAAUGGAACCAACACCAACAUUAGGCGGUACAGUGCUUGCUCCGGGUGGGACGGAUGCUGCCAGACUAUGCUCCCCUAUAGUCUUCAGUUCUAUAGUGUGGAUAUCAAAGAAGAAGAAGGACAACAGGGGUGCAAGUACGCUUUCCCCGCAGAGAGAUCUUGGUUCUCGAAGUCGGACGUUACAGGUUUAUAUGAUUUGAGAUUGAAUGGUACGGUUCCAGUGGUGCUGGAAUGGGGGAUCCAAAACGAUACCAGCCAUUCAAUUGGGCUUCGCAAAAGCUCGAAUAAUUCUGAUGUUCUCUCGUGUUACAGGAUUAGUAGCUUGUCAUUUUUGAUGUGCUCUUGCAGAGCGGGGUAUCAUGGUAACCCUUAUCUUAUUGGAGGAUGCCAAGAUAUUGAUGAAUGUGAAGAUUCAAGUAAAUGUCCCGGGAUAGGCUCGACUUGUGUGAACAAACAGGGCGGCUUUGACUGUAUUGAUGGUAGAAAGACAGCCAAAUUCAUUCUUAUUGGGGUUGGGGCCGGCGUUGGGGCACUACUUUUAUGUCUUUUCUUAUGGAGGUUGUACAAAUACAUCCAGAAGAGAAAAGAAAUCAAGCUCAAAGAGAAGUAUUUCAAACGCAAUGGUGGUCUUUUGUUGGAAAGUGAACUAUCUUCACCGCAAGUCAAUGUUGAGAAAAGCAAAUUGUUCAACUCCAAGGAUUUACAAAAGGCCACUGACAAUUUCAAUGAGGAUAGGAUCCUUGGGCAAGGUGGGCAGGGUACCGUUUACAAGGGAAUGUUAACGGAUGGAAAAAUAGUUGCGAUUAAGAAAUCAAAAGUGAUAGAUGAGGGAAAAGUCGAACACUUCAUAAAUGAAAUCCUUAUUCUCUCACAAAUCAACCACAGGAAUGUGGUUAAGUUAUUGGGGUGUUGCUUGGAGACGGAAGUCCCGCUUUUAGUAUAUGAGUUCAUACCAAAUGGGACUCUAUACCAACACCUUCAUGACGCCAAUAAAGAGUUUCAUGUAUCAUGGGACACACGUCUACGAAUUGCAACUGAAAUCUCAGGAGCCUUGUUUUACUUGCAUUCAGCAGCCUCUAUUCCCAUUUAUCAUCGAGACAUCAAGUCCACCAAUAUCCUCUUGGAUGAGAAAUAUCGAGCAAAAGUGGCAGAUUUCGGUACUUCAAAGUCUGUUUCCCUCGAUCAAACUCAUGUAACCACAUUGGUGCAGGGUACUUUCGGCUACCUAGAUCCCGAGUAUUUCCAAUCAAGUCAAUUCACAGACAAAAGCGAUGUGUACAGCUUUGGAGUUGUCCUUGUUGAACUCUUAACAGACCAAAAGCCAAUCUCGUCGCUCAGGGAGCAAGAAGGAAGAAGCCUUGCAACCUAUUUCAUAAUUUCGAUGGAGCAAAAUCAGUUAUUUGACAUUGUGGAUGCUCGAGUUUUGAAAGAAGGUAAGAAGGAAGAGAUUACAUCAGUUGCUAACCUUGCAAAAAGGUGUUUACACUUGAAUGGAAGGAACCGACCUACAAUGAAAGAAGUGUCACUGGAGUUGGAGAGGAUAAGGAAGCUCCAAAAUCCUUCGAGCAUUCAGCAAAAUCAAGAGGACUGUGAGGCAACUGAAUGUUAUGCUGGUGCUUUUCCUUCUCGCAAGUCAAAUGUUGAUAUGGAUGUCAUUGCAUUUUCGGAUGGGCAGCCACUCUUGCCUAGUGAGACGUGGUGA